AUGAUUAAUGCUCUGCCCACUAAGGGAAAAACCCAUCCUUCUUUCAUAACGAUAGGCAGGUGGGAUUGUACUGAUGGUUCUAGGCCUAUUUUAAGAAUAAAUGUUGUUGAAAGGUCUCAAGUUGAGUCUACAUCAGCAGCACUACCCCCACCCACAGACCCACCAUUGCCACAACAUUUAGCCGAUGAUGCUUCAAUACAAUAUGAGGGCCUGGGUGAUUAUUUAAUAGAUAUGGAUGAUCCUGAUAGUGAUGAAGAAGAGUGUGAUGGAGAUAAUGUGGGUGAUGGGCAUCCAAGUGGUUCACAAAGCAACCACAACUUCAAUGAUGGAACCGUUUUUUACAAUGGGCAAACGUUUGACAACAAGGAUUAUUUGAAGGUUUUAUUGAAGAAAAUUUUGAAUAAAGACCCCUUUUGUUUAAAACCGAACAAGAGUAAUAACAAAUAUUAUAAGGUGGAAUGCAAAUCUCCUAAUUGUGGUUGGAUGUUGCGGGCCAGUAAGUACGAGAACUCAGAUAGAUUUCACAUUUACAAGUACGUUGGUGAUCACACUUGCGGGGUUGAACAUGUUACGAGCACUUAUAAGAAUGCCUUGGCAGUUGUCCUUGCAUCAGUCUUGAUGAAUGACUAUAUUGACAACAAAGGGCCAAUGACAAAGGAAAUUCAGAGGACGGUUUUCAGGGAGUUUCAUUGUAAACCAAGCUACUGGAAGUGUUGGAAGGCGGGUACAAUGGCUAAGAACAUGGUUAGGGGGACACCGGAGCAUAGGUAUGCUUGCUUACCGGCUUAUUCUUACAUGGUUGAAACUCUAAAUCCAGGUUCCAGAAUUUGCAUUAGCCUUGAUGAUGUUAUUGUCGUUGACGGCACUGGCAAGUACGAGGGUGUAUUGUUGUCUGUCGUCGCACAGGAUAAUGAGAGCCAUGUCUAUCCAAUUGCUUUUUGUGUGGUGGACAAGAAGUGUGAUGAAUCUUGGACCUACUUCUUCGAGCAACUGAAGCAUAUAAUCCCCCAUGAACCAGACUUGUGCAUCAUCUCUGAUAGGCACAAGAGCAUAGCUAACAGUGUUUCCAGAAUUUUUGAGCAUGCUCAUCAUGGACUAUGCAUGAAGCAUCUCGGUGAUAACCUACAUAAAAAUUACCAAUGUGGAGAAUCUUUUCAUGUAUGCUAUGAUGCAGCAAAGGCAUAUGGUUAUCGGGAGUGUAGUGAACAUUUUCAUCAAUUCAGGGAUAAAUGCCCCGAAGCAGUUAAUUCCCUCGAGUUUGAUAUUGGAUUUGACAAGUGGAGCGAAGCACAUUUUCCAGCAAAUAGGUACGAUGUUUUGACCACAAACAUUGCUGAGUUGCUAAACUCAAUGUUGAGGGGAGAGUACCCUGUGACUGCCUUAUUCACUUCCAUUUCUAGGAGGUUUGCUGAAAUUUUCAUGUAG